CUUUCGCUAUCCUAUGAAAACAAAACCGGCAUACUGCAGCUGUGCGCAGUGGUUGUCUAGACCAUUCCAGUUUUGUAACGUUUAACGUUAAAGUUGACGCUAUAUAUCUGCAGGUGGAAACUAACUGGACAGAAUCAUUCUCUUCAAAGGUUCAAAGAUGAAGUGCUGUGGUCUGCUAACUGCACAGAAGGAACCAGUUCCUCUGAAGAGCGUGGAGGUGGAGCUGGAGGUGAGGGCCCAUGUGGCUACAGUGGUCUCCACUCUGAACUAUGAGAACAAGGAGGACAAACCACUGGAGGCUGUUUUUGUCUUCCCUCUGCCUGGAGAUGCUGCUGUCUGUCACUUCAGUGCUAAGAUUGGACAGACAGAGAUUGUAGCUGAGGUGAAGGAGAAACAGAAGGCUCGUGAGGAGUAUGAUGACGCUUUGAGCUCCGGUCAGCAGGCCUUCCUGUUGGAGGAGAGUGAUCAGAGUCCAGAUAUAUUCUCUCUGAGUGUGGGCAGUCUGCGUCCAGGAGAGAGCGCCUCCAUCAGGCUGGAGUACGUCACUGAGCUGGCUGUGCAGGCUGAUGAAGGGCUGAGGUUUUGUCUGCCUGCUGUGCUCAACCCUCGCUACCAACCUCAGGGAAGUGAAGAUGUUUGUAUCCAGGUGACCUCUGUUCCAGCCUCUCUGGUGCCCUACAGUCUGUCUUUCUCUGCUCGAGUGUCCUCUCCUCGUCCAGUCUCUAAAGUAGAGUCCAACUGUGCCCUGGACGCUCUCCAGUACCUCAACACAGAGCAAACCCAGGCUACGGUCAAGUUGGCUGCAGGACACAAGUUUGACAGAGAUGUUGAACUGCUGAUUUAUUACAAAGAUGCCCACCAGCCCACUGCUGUGGUGGAGGUAGGACAGGCCUCUGCUAAGCCUGGCUCUCUGAUGGGUGAUCCAGUGGUGAUGCUGAGCCUGUACCCUGAGUUCCCCCAGGCUGUGAUGUCUUCAGUCGCCUCAUGUGGAGAGUUUGUGUUAUUACUGGAUCGAUCUGGCAGUAUGGAUGGGUCCCGUAUAAAGAGUGCCAGGGAAACUCUGCUGCUCCUGUUGAAGAGCUUACCCAUAGGCUGCUAUUUCAACAUCUACAGUUUUGGGUCCUGCCAUGAACACAUCUUCUCUGAGAGUGUGGAGUACAGCCAGAAGACCAUGGAAGAAGCUCUGAAGAAAAUUGAGGAGAUGGGCGCUGAUCUGGGAGGAACAGAGAUCCUUGAGCCCCUCAAACACAUUUACAGCCAGCCCUGCAUUCCCAGUCAACCUAGACAACUAUUUGUCUUUACUGAUGGAGAGGUGGGGAAUACCAAAGAAGUGAUAAAUCUGGUGAAGAAGAAUUCAGGAUCCCACAGGUGUUUCUCUUUUGGGAUUGGGGAAGGGGCCAGCUCUGCUCUUAUCAACGGGUUGGCCAAGGAAGGAGGAGGUCACGCUCAGUUCAUCACAGGGACUGACAGGAUGCAACCCAAAGUGAUGCAGUCGCUGCGUUUUGCUCUGCACCCAGCUGUGGUGGACAUCUCAGUCAAGUGGGAUUUGCCAAAGGGAGUGUCUGUUACUUGUCUCUCUCCACCAAUCACAGCACUUUUCCAGGGUCAAAGGUCACUGGUUUAUGCCCAGCUCACUGGAAAGAGUUCAGCAGCGGAGGGCUGUGUGACGGUGAAGUACAGCCUGGCAGGUCAUCCCACUCAGAACCAGCUGCACUUCAGUCUCAAACCUGCAGAGGACACUGGAAUAACAGUCCACAGGUUGGGUGCUCGGAGUCUGAUUCGCUCUCUGGAGAUGGAGGAGAGCGAAUUGCGCAGAGGAGAGCGGGAUGAAGAAGUGAAGAAGAAGCUGGUGGAGCUCAGUGUCCAAUCAGGAGUGAGCAGUGCCUUCACUGCCUUCAUUGCUGUCAACAAAGGAGAUGGCGAGGCGAUUCAAGGACCUCUGGUGGUCAGAAAUGUUCCAACACCCUGGCUGACGGGUGGUUGCGGUUCGCUGCGGUCACUCACAAUGAUGCAAGGUAAGAAACAAGGCAAAGCUACUUUCAACACACAUCUGAAUACUUCUAUUUAUCUCAGUAUUAACACUGAAAAUGCAUUAACAUGUUUACUAGCUUUACAUGUGAACAAUUCUCUGUCGUCCAUGUAGUUGCUGAUGGCCAUAUUGUUAAGCGAAUGACAUGGAUUGUAGUUGCUUUCUAAAAAUAACUUCAGUCUAAAUUUAAGCUGAGCUCAGACUACAGGAGUAUCGAGCCGAUUUAGCCCCAAUUCACCCCUCUUGACAAUCUGCCAAGAAAUCUGGUCCGGGACCUUGGCCGGUACAGAUGCUCAGCCUAGAUUAUUUGGUAAUUUAAGCGGUGUACAGAUCUUAUGUUUAACCUCCCGACCUAUUCGCGGUCGCAUAAGGGCCACCCAGAUAUUUUUAAACAUGUUUGAUAUGUAGUUCAAAUCUUAUGAUUAUAUGAUUAUGAUUAAGUCAUUACUUUCACAAUAGCCAAUGAGCUGAUAUUGUUGCCAAGCAAUUGUAAACAGGAGACGGAAAUGGUUAAAUCCUCACAUCCCUUUCUUUCUGAAGAAAAGACAACCCGUGUUUUAUCCACGUUUGUUUUGCCUUCUCCUUUUUUUUGUCAUUGCAAAGGAUUAUUCCAGCAAAUUGUCAUCCAGACGUCACCCCACGUCAGUCCUCAUAAGAUCACGUGGUAAUAUUCACUUGACUGCGCAGCUUUUUCAGAAAAUGUCUACACUGCUGCAUUCAACAAACUUUGCAUUUGGGGAGCACAAUUUGAUUCUGCUUGUGAAAAACAAAAUCAAGUGAAUUAGUUUGAAGUUUCCAGAACCGUCCACUGACUUUUUCUAUUCUUGCCAAUUUUCUGUAUUGUUAUGUGAUUUGUUCAUCUCUUGUUUUGACCUGUUUGGUCCUCAACAUGUGUUGAAGGUAUAUAGAUACGUGUUGCUUCUGGUAAUCUGAUUUGAAUGACAUUUUUAAGAUGGGCCCCAUUUCAGAAAGCAGGUUUAGUGAAAACUCUCAGUUUGUUAACCCUGA